CAACCCAACACAACCCAUUAUCCACUACCCAUUCAUGGCUUACCAAAUGUAACACUGUCAAACAGGAAACAGCUGUUCCUUUUCUUUUUGACCAAAACUCCUUUCUUCAAUGUCCUCUUCCCCAACAAACCAAGACCCAAUUCACAACUAUCAAAUCGUUUACCCCCACUACCACUGAGAUCGACCCCUCCGGAGUCCAGAGACCUCUCUCAAGAUCAGUAAUGGCUAAUGAAGCACCAAGCUGGGCUGAUCAGUGGGGUGCUGGCGGCUUUGGCGCAGCAGAAGAUGAUGUGAAACCAAAUACCCAGAAAGGGAGCGGCAAGAGCAGCAGCAGCAGCAACAAGAAGAUGGCAAACGUGAAAGCUGCAGCUUCAACAGGGCUUGGAAAGGCAAAAGCAGCAGCAGUAGUGGGAGCAGAGAAGGUGAAGAGUGGGACAUCAGUGGGUAUCAAUUGGGUUAAAGCUAAGUACCAGAAAAGCAGUUCUUCCAAAUAAGUGAUUUAUUAGUCAAUAAUUUGUCAUCGUUGUUGUGGCUCUGGGUCUGGGAUCCCAAUUACUUAUCACAGUCUGUAACCCUGCAAAUGUGCUUAAUUUGCUUCAAUUUCUGGUGAUUUUUGGUCCCUAAA